AUGUUGAAGCGGGCAGGGAUGUGUAAGCGGAUACGGUACUAUGAUAUUGGGUUCAAUCUUUCGGAUCCGAUGUAUCAAGGAGUGUACCGUGGAAAACGGUACCACAAGGCGGAUGUUGAGAGGAUUCUAGAACGAUGCAAGGAGAGUAGGGUAGAGCGGAUGUUAUUGACUGGGUCUUCGUUGGUGGAGGUUCGGCAGACGAUUGAUUUGGUGGAUCAAUACGAGUCGCUGGCCAAGGGAUUGGGUUUAGGGCUGUACUACACGAUUGGUGUGCAUCCGUGCUGUGUGAAUGAAUUUGUGACCGAAGAGAUGAUGACCUUGGCGGAGCCUAGCAACGACGAAGCGAUGAAUCAGGCAUUGGAUGUGAAGGACGUCGAGGUUACACGGACACGGCUUGUUGAGUUGUACCAGCUGAUGCGGGAGAGGCAAGAACAUGAUGGUAGGUUGCGGGCUAUUGGAGAGAUUGGUCUUGACUACGACCGUUUCUAUUACAGCGGGAAAAACAUGCAGUUGCUUUUCUUUAAGGAGCAGUUGAAGCUGAGCUGUAUGUUCCCUGAUAUCCCCUUGUUCUUGCACAUGAGAAACUGCCAUUCUGACUUCAUCGGGAUUCUUGGACAAUUCGUCGAGGGAUUUCCUGAUUCUGAAGAUAGAUUCCGGUUGAAGGAGCUAAUAUUGGACACUGAGCAUAAAGAUAGAAUGCUGGAUGCGAAUGGAUAUCCGUACUACAAGUUCAGUGACGUCAGGAAGUUUGUGGUGCAUUCGUUCACUGGUACACCCAAUGAAAUGGAGGAGUAUCUUGCUCUUUCGCCUAACUGUUACAUCGGCAUGAACGGUACAUCGCUGAAGCAUGAUUAUAACAUUGAUAGUGUAAGGCGCAUCCCAUUAGAUAGACUGCUUUUAGAAACGGAUGCGCCUUGGUGUGAGAUAAGGCGCACUCAUGAGUCUUAUCCGUAUCUUGUUCAGGGCGAGGGCGACAUGCCAUGGCUGAAGGAAGCAUAUCCGGAUCUCGACCAGUGGUAUGCCAGUGUAAAAAGAGAUAAAUUGGCGAAGCUGGAUGAAAGCAAAUGGGCACAUACAAUGGUGAAGUCGCGCAAUGAGCCUUGUACGAUGGGUCAAGUUGCUACUGUUAUAGCCAACAUUAAAAAUGUUCCGCUAGAUGAACUUUUAGAACAGGUGUGGCUCACAACUUGCAGUGUAUACGGAGACUGA